AUGCCGACACUCGCCUUGAUCAACUUCAACAUCGUCUGCGCAACGCUCGGGGGGUUUAUCUCCCUCUUCGGGCUAGUAUCCUACCUUUGUAAGGAGCAGUUCUAUCUAUCCGAAGCAUUAAUCUCCCUGCUAGCCGGGGUGUUAUUCUCUCCCCAUGCAGCCAAUUUCAUCAGACCGGAAGACUACGCACUCCACUCCGACGAAAAUCUCGAGGUAAUCACUUUGCAUUUUACCCGCUUAGUGCUAGGCGUGCAGCUAGUUCUAGCCGGAGUCCAACUCCCAAAGCGGUAUCUGCAGAUCGAAUGGCGGAGCCUAGGGCUACUCCUUGGACCAGGAAUGGCUGCCAUGUGGAUGUGCAGUAGCCUAGUGAUCUGGGCCAUGGUCCCGAACUUCAAGUUCCUUCAUGCCCUGAUCAUCGGCGCAUGCGUGACCCCAACCGACCCUGUUCUGUCCAAUUCCAUUGUCAAGGGCAAGUUUGCUGAUAAACAUGUUCCUCUUGAGCUGCAGAGGAUUAUCAUCGCUGAAUCUGGCGCUAAUGAUGGUCUUGGCUACCCGUUCCUUUUCUUUGCGAUUUAUCUCCUCCAGUAUACUGGGAUGGGAAGCCAGAGCUUUAGCGGUGGUGUGGGGAAGGCGAUGGCGCUGUGGUUCUAUGAGACCUGGGCAUACACAAUUUUGUUGAGUUUGUUAUAUGGAACUCUGGUUGGUUGGAUUGCGAGGAAGUUGUUGCACUGGGCAGAGGAGAAGCGCUAUGUUGACCGGGAGAGCUUUAUGGUGUUUGCCAUUGCUCUUGCACUGUUCAUUGUGGGAACCUGUGGUUUGAUUGGGACAGAUGACCUUCUUGCCUGUUUCAUUGCUGGAAACGUAUUUACGCAAGAUGAUUGGUUCCGCCUUGAGACCAUAGACGAUUCCCUCCAACCAACAAUCGACAUGCUUCUCAACCUCUCUGUCUUCAUGUGGUUUGGAGCGGUCUGCCCGUGGUCAUCCUUCCUGGGCAAUAGCGUGAUUCCAAUCCAUCGGCUCAUCUUCCUGGGAAUAUUAGUCCUCCUAGUCCGCCGUCUCCCGAUCGUUUUCACCAUGCACACAUGGAUCCCGCAGAUUGAGCUCGUCUCCCAGGCUGCUUUCGUCGGCUUCUUCGGUCCCAUCGGAGUGGGCGCCAUCUUCUACCUGUCAGUCAGCCUUGAAUUCCUGCGCAAGAUUCAAGUCAACGGCGAAGCCCCAGAGGAUGUAAAGCAAGUCAUGGAGAGCAUCCGGGUUGUGGUCUGGUUCCUAGUUGUGCAUGGCCUCUCGGUCCCAGUUGGAAAAGCCGGAUAUCACCUCCCAGCAACCAUUUCCAGCGUCAUCAGCACCAGCACACACGAGGAGCGAGAACCAAUCCCCAUCUCAAAUAUCAGCCACACGCACAGCACGGCCACACCUCUUACAACGGGAGAGGAUGCGAGUUUCCGCAGCCGCAAGCGUGGUUUCCGGAGUGUAACGCCCCACCCGCCAUUCUUUGGCAUUGGUCGUUCGCCGUCCCACCAGCCCGGCAUGGGCCAGGAUGAUGAGCCGGAAAGACCUGUUCACCUGGUUAUUCAUCCGACUAGAAGCGGGGAUAACAAGCCGCAGCCCUAG